AUGUCCAACUUCCUUCCGGUGCCGGCCAAGCGUGCACUUCCCCUUCCUUCCUUUUCCCAGCAUCUGCUGAACUAUAUAUCAAAUCAUUUCCGGGAUGCUCACCCGGAGGCAUUCAAGAAAGAUGUGGAAGCACUUGUGGCUAUGAGGAAAGAAUGGGUUGAAGCUGAAGCUGAGGGACACCCGGAGAUCGUAAGAGGCUUAAUGAGAUAUCACGCUCAAUUAGCAUUCCUAUCCACCAAAUUCCCCUCCGAUAUAUCACUCCAAUUCACCUAUCACCUGCCUUUCCCUCCCACAUACUCGUUAUCACCAGAUGCACCGGUUUCUCUAGCAUCGAUAACGUUCGAAAGGGCUAGUGUGCUAUUCAACAUAGCGGCAUUGUACGCUUCGAUGGCUGCUGCUGAGAGGAGAGCGGAAGCGGAGGGAAUCAAGAGAGCGUUGGGAUACCUUACAUCUGCAGCGGGGGUACUAGAAUAUCUAAUCAGGAAUAUCUUACCAACUCUACAAUCGGAGCUUUCGUCCCCCCACGCAGCAGGAUAUGACAUGUCGGAGUCUUUCUUAGCGACAAUAAAGGAAUUUAUGCUGGGUGAAGCUCAGGAAUGCUAUUGGCAACAAGCUGUCUUACAAGGCACAUACAAGAAUGGGUUGAUCGGUAAAUUAUCCAUGAAAGUUUCAGAAUACUAUAAAGCCGCUUUCACAUCGAUGAACGGCACAGAUUAUCCGUCUUCAUCCUUUUUCCCUGCUAAUUGGAUCGCCCAUAUCACGGUGAAACAGUGCCAUUUUGAGGCUGCUGCUCAGUAUAGAUUGAGUCAAGAAGAUCUGGAAAAGAGUAGAUAUGGUGAAGAAAUUGCUAGAUUGAGAGUGGCUGAAGGAUUGGCUAAGAAGGGCUUAGAGGCUGGUAAGAAAGGUGUAGCGGACUCGGUGAUAUCAGAUUUGAAAAACCUUCAAUCGGCUAUCAAAUCCUCAUUAGAGAGGGCAGUACGAGACAACGAUCUCGUCUACGUCUGUCCCAUCCCCCCUGCCAAUCAGCUUCCUCCCAUAUCAGGGGUUGGGAUGGUCAAGGUGUCUAUCCCGACUGAAGUGUCUGACCCAAUCGCUUGGUUGAUGGGUGGUGGAGCUGGUAUGCCAGCGUUGUUUAGCGCCUUGGUACCCUACGGUGUACAUUUGGCUUUGAGUAUAUAUGAUGAUAGGAAAGAUACUUUGGUCAGAGAAUUAGACGGAAAACGAGAAGAACUUGACGGCGUAGCUGCGAGCACAUUACAAUCUCUCAACUUGCCCGGAUCGAUACAAGCGCUAGAGCGGCCUGUGGGUCUGCCACCAUCUUUGCUAAAGAAGGCGGAAGAGGUAGAUUCAGCAGGUGGAGUUGAUCGGAUCAAGAGUUUAUUACAUGAAGUAGCGAGAUUGUCGAAGGCGAAUGCUCAGUCCUUGAACGAGGCUAUGGAUAUCCUCGACCAAGAAGCAACUGAGAAUGAAACUCUUCUCUCUCGACAACCUGAACUUCAGCAAAGUCGACCACCCUCACAUAUUGCCAAUCAGCCACUGAUAGCUACUGCUCAGCAGUAUGAUGCCACAAUCAAACAGGCUUCGGCAAGUGAUGGUACUGUCAGGCAAAAGUGGGAAGAGUGGGGCCAGCUGAUCGAUAUCCUUGCUGGCGGAGAAGACUCGAUCAACGAUUAUGUCCCUUCCACAUCUUCAUCGCAAAACGGCUAUGCAUCCCUUCCUCCUUCCGUACGACCUAUCCGAGCGUCUUUAGAAGAUUUGGACGACCGUAUAGCGCACCGAGCCAGAUUAGUAAAUGAAGCUAGGAACAUAUCUGCAGCCGAUGAUAUCCGUCCAGCUGUGCUGACUGAAGCCACGAGACUGGCCCAUGGUGGAACAGGAGACGUCAAGACGGAAUGGUUCGAGGAUCUCUUUGGGCGAAGUUUGGAGAAAUAUGACAGAAUCCGAGAAGAGAUGGAAGCUGAGGGUAGUAAACAGGAUGUGCUAUUGGAACAGAUCAGGGGCCAGAACGAAUCAUUCAUAUCUGAACGCAAGGAGGAUCCGAUAGUCAAGGAACGUGAGAGGCGGUUGCAAGAUAUGGAUCUGGCGUACUGGAAAUGGAGAGAAAUUGUUGAUAAUGCCGAAGAAGGUAUAAAGUUCUAUAAUUCGUUUGCGGACAUGUUGAAUCAGUUCAAAGGGACAUGUACUCAAUUCUCAAAUUCUAGGAGAGUUGACAUUGGCCAAAUAACGCAACAAUUCCACAAUGUUUCGUUUGAAGACCAUUCUCCAUCACAUUCUCAGUCGCCCACACCACCUCAGCAAUUUGUCCCUCAACCCUCACCACACAAGACCCCUCCUCCACCCAGGACACUUUCCCUAGCGCAUCCCUCGUCAGGCCAGUGGCAAUCUUCCUCGGAUUUCUUACCUCCGCCUCCACCGCCGCCCAUUCUUCGAUCCGGUGGGAUACAAACCCAACCUCGCGCUGCACCUCCUCCACCAGCUGGUUCAACGCCGCGAAGAGUUACAAGAGCUUCUGCUGCCGCUGCGAGUAGGGGUCCGAUAGGAGAUGCGGAGAAGAACCCUUAUAGUCAAGGGACGAGAAGGGGUGGUGGGGGUGUUGUGUAG